GAAAAUUGCAUAAAUGAAGAGAGAUUAUUAUUCAGCAUUGGACAAUGAGGAUCCCGGAGUUUGGAUAAAGAAACAGAAGAUAAGUCCGGACGCGCCUCUACCUCCAGACAGAUAUAUUUUAACUCCCGUUCCUACCCUGAAACGUGGUUUUGAGAAUGAAGAACCUAGUUUAAGUAAGAAGCAGCGAUGCGACAAACUGGAGAGGCUACCAGAGAAUGUGGUGCGAUAUUUGGCCUUUGGGCAGAAGCCUGCCGAUCUGCCCGAAAUUGCAAUUCGCCAACUGCAGGAAGAGGCAGAGAAGCAAAGUGAGAAUUACCGCAACCUCGCUCUAACGAUUUAUCAUGGGCCGGUAUCAAAGGAAGAAGAAUCGGAAAAUGAAUUGGAGGACCUUGGUCCGAUUUCUUACUCUCUUCCUCCACUGGCAGGUUCAGCCCCAAUGGUGCAGCAACCUUCAUGAACAAAUGCAACGGACAGGAAUGAUCGGUGUUCCCCCUCCAUCCAACGAUGAUAGUUACUGGAUGAUGUAAAAUAUGUAUUCUAUUUAGUGCAUUC